UCAGCCAUUUGAGCUAAGUCAGUGAUUAUCAUUUAUUUGUCAUUCCUUCUGCUAAUAACCAGAAUAAAAAUUGCCACGUUCACCAUUAAAAGGUCUUCCAGCCAUUUACAUAGCAUGUUGAGAGAUGGCAUGUCAAAAGAUGAUCGAAAGAUGUUGCUUAUGCACGCAACACUGAAAGCAGGUGUAAUGUUACUUGACAGACAUUUUGAUGUGGUAAGAUACUUAGUACUUUGUUCUCUGUUUAGAAAAAGAAAGAUAAAAAGAAGAAAGAAACAACAAAGAAAGUAUUUGUGUAUGACAAACCAACAGCUCCAGGAGAAAAGAAAGAUGUUAGUGGAGCAAUGCCAGAUAGUUACAGUCCUACAUAUGUGGAAGCAGCAUGGUAUGCCUGGUGGGAAAAGGAGGGGUUUUUCAAGCCUGAGUAUGGGCGCAAGAACCUCCAAGAACCCAAUCCACGUGGUUUAUUUAUGAUGUGUAUACCUCCCCCAAAUGUGACAGGAUCACUUCAUCUUGGUCACGCCCUUACAAAUGCCGUGGAGGAUUGUAUUACAAGAUGGAAUCGACAGAUUGGAAAGACUGCAUUGUGGAACCCAGGGUGUGAUCAUGCUGGAAUAGCCACACAGGUUGUUGUGGAAAAAAAGUUGAUGCGUGAACAAGGCAUAUCAAGGCACGAUUUGGGAAGAGAGAAGUUUGUGGAGGCAGUGUGGAAAUGGAAGAAUGAAAAGGGUGACCGGAUCUAUCAGCAGUUGAGAAUGAUGGGAGUCUCAGUAGAUUGGGACAGAGCUUGCUUCACCAUGGAUCCUAAGCUGAGCAGAGCUGUAAAGGAAGCAUUUGUAAGAUUACACGAUCAAGGCCUUAUCUAUCGAAGCAGGAGGCUGGUCAACUGGUCUUGUACUUUAAAUUCUGCCAUCUCUGAUAUUGAGGUUGACAAGAAGGAAUUACCAGGAAGGACACUGUUGCCUGUUCCUGGUUAUGAAAACAAAAUUGAAUUUGGAGUCUUGGUGCACUUUGCCUACCCAGUGGAAGAUUCAGAGGAGAAGUUGGUAGUUGCUACUACUCGUGUAGAGACCAUGUUAGGUGACACAGCCAUAGCAGUGCAUCCAGAUGAUCCAAGAUACAAACACCUCCAUGGAAAGUUUGCUCUUCACCCAUUCUGUAACCGUAAACUACCAAUCAUCUGCGAUGAUGUGGUUGAUCCUCAAUUUGGUACAGGUGCUGUAAAGAUAACUCCAGCUCAUGAUCACAAUGAUUAUGGAGUGGGUCAAAGACACAACCUGCCAUUUGUCACCAUGAUUGAUGAUAGUGGAAACAUAAAAAAUCUCAAGGAUUAUUAUCCAGAGUUUCAGCACUUUGCGGGCUUGAAAAGAUUUAAUGCCAGGAAGGUUAUACUUGAUGCUUUAACUGCCAAAGGUUUGUUUAUCAAGACAGACGACAAUCAGAUGGUAGUUCCUGUCUGUAGUCGCUCCAAGGACAUUGUUGAACCCCUCAUCAAACCUCAGUGGUAUGUUGACUGUCAGGAAAUGGCAGACAUGGCUGUGAAGGCAGUUCGAAAUGGAGACCUGAAGAUCAUUCCAAGCAUGCAUGAAAAGGUGUGGUACAACUGGCUCGAGAAUUGUAGGGACUGGUGCAUCUCCCGACAACUUUGGUGGGGCCAUCGUAUCCCAGCAUACUUUGUGACUGUUGAUGAUCCAUCUGUUCCGCCAGGGGAGGAUACGGAUGGUAAAUACUGGGUCAGCGGUCGGACAGAAGAGGAAGUGCUAAAGAAAGCAGCAGAAAGGUUCAAUGUAGCCCCUGAAAAGAUCACUCUGAAACAAGACGAAGAUGUAUUAGAUACGUGGUUCUCCUCCGGCCUGUUUCCUUUCUCCAUAUUUGGUUGGCCAGAAGAGACUGAUGAUUAUAAAGUAUUUUAUCCUGGAACGCUCUUAGAAACUGGACACGACAUCCUGUUCUUCUGGAUUGCCCGGAUGGUGAAGCUGGGCCUCAAGCUUACUGGUCAGCUGCCAUUCACUGAAGUGUUUCUCCACGCAAUGGUUCGAGAUGCGCAUGGCAGAAAGAUGAGCAAGUCUCUGGGGAAUGUUAUUGACCCCGUUGACGUCAUUAAGGGAGUAUCACUGGAAGAACUUCACCUUCAGCUUGAGAACAGUAGCAACCUGGAUCCAAGGGAAGUAGAGCGAGCUAAGAAAGGACAGAAAGAAGAUUAUCCUGAAGGAAUUCCUGAGUGUGGUACUGACGCUUUGCGGUUUGCACUCUGUGCUUAUACUGCGCAAGGACGUGACAUCAAUCUUGACGUACUCCGUGUACAGGGUUAUCGUCAUUUCUGCAACAAGUUGUGGAACGCCACAAAGUUUGCACUUAGCGGUCUUGGAUCUGACUUUAAACCGAACGUCAAACCAGAGCUAAUAGGUAACGAGACUCCAGAAGACCGCUGGAUUUUGAGCCGGUUAUCCUACGCGGAGAAAACAGCCAAUGAAGGCUUCAGGAAUUAUGACUUCCCAUCAGCUACUACGGCCAUUUACAACUUUUGGCUGUACGAGCUGUGUGACGUUUAUUUGGAAUACCUUAAACCAGUUUUACAAAGUGACAACAAGGAAACAGUCAACACAGCACGUAACACUCUCUACACGUGUUUGGAGAAUGGUUUGAUUCUUCUCAGUCCGUUUAUGCCUUACGUAACAGAGGAGCUUUAUCAACGAUUACCACGCAGGACUGAGAGUUCACCGCCAAGUGUUUGCGUUACACCUUACCCAGAAGAGCUUCCUUGGAGAGACACGACUCUUGAAGAUGAGAUGAAUCUGUUACAAAGUAUUGUGAAAACAAUCCGUUCUAUUCGUCAGGAGUAUAAUUUGACGCGCGCCAAACCUGAAGUGUAUGUGGUGUUUUCCGAGCAGACUUUGGCAGAAACCGUCAACAAAUACACGGACACAGCGUGCACGCUCAGCUCCAGUGAGAGGAUUCAUGUUGUGUGUGAAGAGAAGCCACCUCAGGGAUGUGCCGUGGCUACCGUGUCAGACAAGUGUGAAGUACACGUGCUUCUCAAGGGCUUGGUGGACGUAGCUAAAGAAAUCACCAAGUUGGAGAGCAAAAAGGAGAAACUGAACGGCCAGCUUGGAAAAUUAAGAGAAGCCAUGGAAAUGGCUGACUACGUUACAAAGGUGCCGGAAAAUGUUCAACAACAGAAUACAGAAAAGCUCAAACAGUUGGAGACAGAGCUUGGAAAGAUCGAGAAGGCUAUCACAUCCUUUAAAAUGGCAGAGUAAUAGAACGCAGUUCAUCUUCAAUGAUAGUCAAUGAAUGAUAUGCUAUAAAAAUGUCCAAGUUACAACAACUGUCAGUCUGUUCCAGGCGUUUGUUCAGGAGGCAGCGGGAAGAAUGGCGUGCAAAAGAUAGGCUAGGGGCUUGGGAGAUGGGAAGAGGAUGCCUGUGAUCUUCGUUCUUCACACCUAUUCCCAGUCUCCCAGUCUCUUAGUCCCUCACCGCCCUCACCCAGCUCCUUGUUUUUCCACUCACCAUUCGUCGUGCUGUUCCCCAACUAACCGCACGUCUUUGCUGGAUCCGGCUACCUGCUCUCUCAAUGCAAAGCCGGACCUCGAACAAGAUCGUGACUGGCGAGGUUACUCUAGAGCACUACAGUAACUAGCCGGUUGGCUCGUUUCGGACACAGAAUGCCCACGACUCUAAACUAGAGAAUGGUUUUAAAUAGUUUACUAUGGUUUUAUAACCAAAACUAGCUCGACACACACCAACAGAUGGUCUUCAUUGAGCCAAAUAUUAGUUUCAUUGUUUCAUUUAGUUAACUUGUUUCUAUUAAUUUCAAUUCAAUUAUUUUCAUUCAUUUCAAUUAUUGUGUGCUCGGUUACUUAAAAUGCUGGUUAGUAAUUUAACGAGCGCAACUGACUUCUUCCCUGUGGAUUUUGCCAGAAGAAUCCUGAAGAAUCGUGAAUUUUAAUAUGCAAUAAAGAAAACUUAAAGCGA